CUUAAGAGUCUCUUGGAGCAACAUUUUUCCUCUGCCUCCUCGAGUCUCUCGGAGAUGCUCUUAGAUCAUCUCAACACUCCAGGCCCUUCACAUUUAAACUACACUUGUGCUUGGUUUCUCUUAAAGAAUAUACAAAUUAAAAAAAUUGAGAUGGCUGAAGCAGUCGUGUCGAUUGUGGUUGGAAGGCUCACUGAUUUACUGACAGAAGAAGCUCAAUUUCUUCAUGGACUAAGAGACGAAAUUCAACAAGCGGUGAAUGAGCUCAUGAGGAUGAAGACAUUUUUAAGAGACGCGGAUUCGAGGAUAGAUGAGGAAAAAAUCCGCGUUUUGCUUGGGGAGGUACGAGAGCUGGCCUAUGAUGCUGAACAUGUUGUCGAAACUUUUCUUCUCAAAGCUUAUUCGGCUAGUGAAAGAAACAGGACAAGGCAAGCAAUCAAGUACUCGAAAAAGAUCGAAGAGAUAGAAAUGAAGAUGUCUCGCAUUUUCGAUUGUUUUGUUGAAUAUCGUGUUAAAUCAACAUCAGAAUCUUCGGAACCAUCGGAUUCUUCGUAUGGAGCAUCGGGGACUCUCAAGCGAUUUUACUCUUACGCGACUCGUGAGCCAGAAAUAUUUGUUGGAUUUCAGGAAGACGUUGAUCGCUUGGUGGGACAUUUGGUGAAUGAAAGUGAAGAUGCUUAUCGGCUGAUCUCUAUAUGUGGUAUGGGAGGUCUGGGUAAGACAACUCUCGCGGAAAAAAUAUACCAUCAUUCCACCAUCAAGACUUACUUUGGGGGUUUAGCCUGGGUUUCCAUUUCGCAGAAGUGGCAAAGAAAACAAGUGUUGCAGCGGAUUCUGAUAGGUCUUGUCCCGGAGAGAAGAAAUGAAAUCCUCAAUUUUGACAAGGACAAGCUGGUAGAGAAUAUGCUGCAGAUCCAACAGAGCAAAAAUUGCUUGAUUGUCCUGGAUGACAUAUGGUCAAUUGAUGCUUGGGAUUCUUUAAAAGAAGCAUUUCCAGCUGGAAAGUCGAGGAGCAGAUUAAUGCUUACAAGCCGUAAUGUGGAUGUUGCUGAGCACGCAAAUCCUAAUGGAUUCAUUCACCGACCAGUACUUCUAAGCCCAGACCAAAGUUGGGAGCUACUUGGGUUGAGAGCACUUCCUAAAGGAGGAGAUUGUCUAGACAUUACUAGAGAUGUUAAAAGGAUGGAAGAACUGGGAAGAGAAUUGGUCAAAAACUGUGGCGGUCUUCCACUUGCUAUAGUCACUUUGGGAGGAAUUCUUGUGACAAAACCUUCGUUGAUAGAGUGGGAGAAGGUGUAUAAUGAUAGUCUCUUAUCCCUGAAGAGCGGGGAAGCUGGAUUGGGAAAAAAAUAUCAAAGUCAAUUACUUUACGUUUUGAAUUGGAGUUACAAUGACUUACCCCCUCAGCUGAAAUUAUGCUUUCUAUAUUUAGGAAAAUAUAGUGAAGAUGAAAGUAUAGAUGCAGAGACUUUGUAUCAGUUAUGGAUCGCGGAAGGGAUGGUCCUAUCCAGCGACAAAAGAGAAGGGGAAACAAUGAUGCAAGUAGCUGAAUCUUAUCUGGGAGAACUGGUUCACAGGAGUAUGGUUCAAGUGAAGUUUAACAAUGAGAAAUCAUUUAUAAAUUUCAAAUCCUGUUCUCUUCAUGACCUUAUGAGAGACCUAUCCAUAUCCCAAGCAGAAGCGGAAGAGUUUUUCAAAGUGAUUGAUCUUCGUGAAAAAAAGGAUUUUCACCUUAGUCCUUUGGCAGAUUUCAAGCCCUCUAAUACUCGACAGCUUGUAGUUCAUUUUGAUGAUGGGUAUAGAGGUAAAAGAAGUCAUCCUUACUUUAGUAAGAAAUUUAAUCAGCAAAAGUAUCGAUCAGUGUCACUAUUCAAUGAGUUAGGAACACGAAGUUUGCCGCCAGCACUUGGGUCACGUAUUGCCAAUUUCAGACGUCUACGAGUUUUAUCCUUAGAAGUUGCUGCUGAUAUGUAUAUUUGCUGUUCCCCUUCUGGAAUUAAUCUUGGAAAAGUACUAGGUACCCUUGUUUACUUGAGAUAUCUCAAGGUAAGUGAUGUUCGGUUGUCAAUUUUUCCAUCUAUACAAAAGUUGAGGCUACUAGAAACUCUGAUAUUUGAUAAACAGUUUGAUAUUUAUUUUCCACCAUGGCUGUCUAUGAAUAUUCUUAGUAUGUUGGGACGUCUGCGACAUUUGUAUCUACCAUCACAAGGAGUUCAUAGCACAAGCAAGAAGUCCAAGCUACGGUUUAAUGGUUUGAGCCAGUUGGAGACACUAGCCAAUUUUGACACUGUUUGGUGUGAGGUUAAGGAUCUGGUGGCAUUAAUCCGUCUCCAGAAACUAAAAGUCAUAGCUAUCUGUGACGAUAUGGAAGAGAUGAUGGAAAAUUUGGCAGCUCUAGCUUUGUCAUCAUCUUCAUGUCUCCAGUACUUGGAACUUUUUAUUUCUACACAUAACCAAACAUUAGAUAAUAGUAAAGAUAUGUUGAGAAAGUUGUUGUGGAAUUAUAAUUUCAACCUUCAAAAAUUAGAAAUAGCUGGCAAGCUCCCAGAGUUGGCUCUAUUACUUGAGCAGCAACCACAACAACUUCUUCAUACUCAUAUGGAUGUAUCUGUAAUUCGUAUCACCCGCUUAACAUUAUGGGACUCGUGCCUAAAAGAAGACCCGAUGCCAGUACUUGAGAAGAUUUCUACACUGCGUGAACUCCAUUUGAAUGGAUUCACAUUUAUGGGGGAGGAAAUGGUAUGCUCAGCCACGGGUUUUCCAAAACUUACUGAUCUUUUACUUGAGUUCCUCCCCAACUUUGUAAAAUGGAGGGUGGAGAAAGGAAGCAUGCCCUUUCUAUCUCAGUUGACGAUUUUUGGAUGUUCUAAGAUGGAGGAGCUUCCAGAUGGACUAAUGUCUCUCAGUUCCCUUCAAACUUUGGCUUUACUCUCAAUGCCUUUAGAUUUCUGUGAUAAGGUCCGCAAGGUAAACGGAGAACAAGGACCUGAGUUUUACAAAGUUGCUCACAUACCUUCCCUCAUUCUUCGAAGUAAAGGGCCAUCGUCUGCCUUGAUUUAGAAUAAGUACUUAUUUCUUAUACAUGGAAAGUUAGUUAGAAGUGACUUUUAAUAUUUGAUGUAUUUGGAUAAUUGUUUUGGUGUUUACAACUUAUCGCGUAUAAAAAUAAAUCUGACCCAUCUGGCGUU